CUGCAACGGCCCAAGACUACUGCUAUUGGAAAUCUCAUCUCGCCUUUCCAAUACUAGCCAGAACCGUCGUGGUGAAUCAAUCCGCCGGCAUGGUGUCAACAGGGGGAAGGGGAGCCGUCCCUCAUGGGCAACUACACAACUCUGUACUGUCUGACUCUCCUAGCCGUUGAUCCCACGAGCACCUCACUCCGUCCAGGGGUCCAGGGGUCUAGAUUCACAUGGAGCACAGCUGGGGCAAGUAAGCACCUAGGCAGGUCUUUUCUGGGUUCCGAGGGACGAACCAGAACCGCGCGACCUCUCCCAGGAGUCCCAGCUCUAGGACGCGAAGUGGCUGCGGUGCCACGCGGGAACCACAGUCAUGCAUAUCCAGCGGGUGUUGGCCCAGAAGAGGCAGACCGGUUGGUUCUGGUUAGGGAAGGAGCAAGAGAUUGGUAUCCACGUUGGCCUACCACGUCUGCUACGAGAUAGACAUCCCUCAUACCAUACCAGCUAACAGGAAAGAAAGCCUUGUACAGCUCUCAACCCGGACGAACUCCCCUUGCUACUGCCCAGAAGCGAGGUCUUACGUUGCCGAUCCUUGGUCUUGUGCAACCACCCCCAUAACCCGUCACCAUGGCCUCUGGCAGCUACGACUACAUCAUCGUGGGAGGCGGCCUCUCGGGGUGCGUCCUCGCCAGCCGGCUGCGGCAGUACAAGCCCGCCUCCAAGAUCCUGCUGAUCGAGGCUGGCCAGGACACCCGCUCGCGGACCGACAUACUGCGGCCCGACAUCCUCAACCUGGGCGGCGAGCUCGACUGGAUGUACCAGACCGAGCCCCAGGCGAGCAUCGGCGGCCGUAGCGUCGUGUACAAUGCUGGCAAGGGACUUGGCGGGGGCACGCUUAUCAACUCGGGCGGUUGGACUCGCGGCUCUGCUGCGGACUAUGACGAGUGGGCGGCGCUCGUGGGAGACGACAGGUGGAGCUACAAGGGCCAGCUCCCGUACUUCAAGAAGGCAGAGUCGUGGUUCGACGACAGGAACCCCGAGGAGCACGGCAAGGACGGGCCUAUUUGUGUUGCCUCAGCGCUGUCGACGGGCCGCAAAUUCCCCCUGACGGACCCGAUCGCCGCAGCCUGGGAGGAGUUGGGCGUCCACGCCCUGCCUGGCCUCGACCAGAAUACUGGCAAUAACCUGGGCAGAGCAUAUAUCUGCGAGGCUCGCCGAGAGGGCAAGCGGCAGUACUCGGCCGGGAACUACCCACUCGAGGGCGUCGAGAUCUUGGCAGACACCCUGGUGAAGAAGGUUAUUCUGAGCAAGACUGAAGGAGCGCCCAAGGCGACUGGCGUGGAGCUUGCCGAUGGAAAGGUCGUCUCCGGCACGGAGGUGAUCGUCUGCGCUGGGACCAUGAGAUCCCCCCAGGUGCUGCUCCUGUCCGGCAUAGGCGACGCAGCCCACCUUAAGGAGCACAACAUCGAGGCGCUGGUCGAACUCCCCGAGGUGGGCCAGGGGCUGCACGACCACAUGUCAUUCUACCAGUUCUGGAAGCUCAAGAACCCGGAGCGAGGCUACACCCUGGGCUCGAGCAACCCCCUGUUCCAGCAGCCCGAAUUCGCCCUCGGCAUACCCCUGGACUGGAUCGUCUCAACCGACGUCCCCCACGAGGCCCUCGCCAGGGCGAUCGAGCGGGACGAGGGCAAGGCGCCCGACGCGGCGACGCACCGGCUCCUCCGCGAGGCGCGCACGCACAUCGAGACGGUCGUGCUGUACGUCAAGAUGCCCCUCCCGGGCGUCCAGCCCGACGCGGAGCACCUCACGACCCUCACGGUGCCGUUCCUGCCGACGUCCCGCGGCAGCGUGACCCUCAGGUCCGCGGACCCCGCCGACGCCCCGAGGGUCGACCUGAACUACCUGGGCACGGAGACGGACAGGUGCGUGGCGCGCGAGGGCGUCCGCACCCUCGCGAGGCUGAUGCUGCAGACCAGGUUCGGGAGGGAGCACAUCGCCGGCGAGACGGUGCCCCCCGUCCCCGGGGUGGAGCCCGUGGCGCUCGACGACAGCGACGAGAAGCUCGACAAGCGCCUCGGGCUCGCGGGGACCACGACCUGGCACUCGGCCGGCACGUGUGCGAUGGGCAAGGUGGUUGACUCCGAGUUCCGCGUCAAGGGCGUGGAUGGGCUGCGGGUCGUGGAUGCUUCGGUCCUGCCUGUCCCGCUGAGCGCCCAUAUACAAGCACCGGUAUACGCGAUGACGGAGCAGGCUGCGGCUAUCAUUUCUGGGGCUGCAUAAGAUAGAUAGCAUGAUGUGUGUCUCUUCGUCAUAAUGCUAUUGAUGAUUUCAACUCUCACGGAUAGGUGUUGGUGAUACAGACACCUCAGGUGACUUGAACGCAACUCUUUGCCCCAUGCUAAUCUCUAGAGAAAGCUGCUUAAACAAGCAGUGUUUUCUCCAUGCGUGCGUGGAUCGACAUUAGCUCGAUUACUCACCCCUGAUCCGUGACAUGAUUGCUGCUGCCUCUGAGUCAAAGGACUCUAUCACCCCAAUCCCACAGCCACCACGGCCUCAUAAUAAGCGAAUCCCUGUGGUGAUGGCAGUCUUGCAGUCACUACUUUCGCAGCGGGUACGGCGUCGUCAUCUCGCAUCGUGAGCCAUCGCCUACAGGCCCCGGCACGAAUGAUGGGUUGAGCCCCAUCUAGUCCAUUUGAUCAUACACAUGAUCAUACACAUAAUGUAUGGGCCUCGGGCAGCAGCUUGAUGCUGAGCGUCUUCCUACCCGUCUCGUUGUCUUUCUCUACAGCUCCACGGUGCUCGACCCCGACGGCGUAUUGAGAUCCAGACUCGCUCGCGUGGUAAGGUCGUUAUGAGUCGCCGUGGCUUUCGCGCGCGCCAGAAUAGAGGGCAAUGAUCGAAGACCGGGCUGGUUUCCUUCGGCCCGACCUUUCUUCGUCCAACCUCCCACCUCCCCGGGGGCGCGACGGGCCGAAGCCUCGUCUUGCUUGGAAUAGUCCAUACCCUCCAAGUCCCUCAGCCCGCCAACGGGUUCGCAUGGAUAGUAACACUCUCGAUCCUGCAGGGCUCCUUGGGGCGGUUCUUCUUAUCCACCUCGAGGGCCUCGAUCUUGGCCAGGGUGACGAGGCUGUCGUCGCCGAUGACCUUGCCGAAGACGGUGUUGAGCCCGUCGAGGUGGGGCGCCUUGUCGAAGAGGAUGAAGAACUGCGACCCGUUGGUGCCGGGGCCCUUGUUGGCCAUGGAGACGAUGCCGCGCUGGGCGUGCUUGAGGGCUGGCCGGAUCUCGUCGUCAAAGACGCCGCCCCAGAUGGAGCGGCCGCCCUUUGGGUUGUCGGGCGGCGAGGGGUUCGCGGGGGCGCCGGCCUGGGCCAUGAAGCCGGGGAUGAGGCGGUGGACGGGCGAGGCGUCGUAGUAGUGGGAGGCGCAGAGGGCGAGGAAGUUCUGCGGCGUGGGGGACGAGGCGUGGUCAGCUAUUGUGUUCGGGUGUGUUGAAGGAGGACGAGAUUGGAUCGGCAUGGGGUGCGUGGGUGCGUGUUACCUCGGCGGUCUUGGGGACGCUGUCGCAGAAGACCUCGAUCUUGAUGUUGCCUGCUGUCGUGUGUAGUGUGACAGACAUGGUGGCGGCGAGAUUGGUUGUUCCAAGUCAGAUAACGUGGCGGUUGUGUCUACCAGCCUUUUGACUGCAAGGGAGCUCUGUAGGAACGGAGUGUAGUGCCUGAGUGGGUGGUCGGUAGGUAUGAUGGCACCGUGUCAGAGCUUUUUCAGAGGUCUGGACUCUGGAGCUCCCCCCUGUUCGUUCAGUAAUAUGUGAUUGGCCGGUGUCCCACGAACAUCAAAGCUCCCCAGGCCCCCUCGUG